CUUUCUUCCGUCGCUUUGCCUGCGUUCGUGUAAUUGCGCUGCCCUGCCGUUGUCCCGCAAGUGACCAAGUGGCCAACUACACUGCGAAAAAAAAAAAAGGGCACUUCAAAGGCGUUCUGGUGCAGGGCACGAGGCUGUGCUAUAUUAUAUGACGGCACCUGUAACCAUGGGAAAACAAACCAGUUUUUCCAGACUUUCUCGGUUCCGGACAAUGCCAACUCUCCAGCAAACUGAUCCUACCUCGAUGCACUCACCCUUCGCCCAAAGCGAAAUACCAAAGGUGUACAACGAGGUGCACAAGUUCGUCCGGCAGUCCACAGCCAAACUACUCGAAACUUGGCAGGCGUCGUUCUUCACGUGCUCCAAAGAAAACGGUGCCAGCGACCACCAGUACCUGGAAAUCGGCUGCGGGCCGGGCAAUUUCACGCUCAACCACCUGUUGCCCUCGUGCCCACCGACCCUGAAGAGGCUCGUGUCAACCGACAACUCGCAAGCCAUGCUGGAUCAUGCGAAGACGGUCCACGCACACCCGAAGAUUGUUUACAAAUUGCUAGACAUAUCCAAAGACGACGAUGUGUCCCGCUUCGUCGCUGAGGAGGGUCGUUUUCAGCGAGUCUACUCUUUCCUCGCAUUUCACUGCAUCGAGGAUAACGCUGCUGCGCUGAGAAACGUGGAGCGGCUGCUGACACCUGGUGGCGAGUGCCUCGUCAUAUGGAAGGCGUGUCCGAGCAUGACAGUGCCGCUGCACCGUGCCCUCCUGGAGACCGAAUUGGGAGCAAAAUACCAUGACGUGAUUCAACGCGUCAUAAACACACCACCUGAGCCGCGCGGCCCUGCCACUUUGAGGAAUCACCUCCUCAGCCUUGUCGAGCAAACAGGGUUCGUUCCGUUGACUUGUGAGCUGUUGACAGUCAAUAUCGAAAACGCUGCAAUCGACGACGCUGCACGUCUCUACACUGCUGGUAACAUCAUCUACCAUCUGCUGACAGAAGAAGAGAAGCCCAAGCUGUUCAAGUUCACCAAGAACUUCUUGCUGCAAGAACAAAAUUCCGACGUCUCAUCCGUAGCGUCAACACGACAGCUGAGAUUUAUUUUCCAUGGUUAUAAGCCAUAGGUGUCACUCCUGUCUGUGCCAACGUCUGGAGAAUUCACAAAGUAACUUAACAUGAAUAUAUCUGUCCUGUGUUCUUAAGGAUCUCAGAACCAAACACUGGUGUAAUAUAAUGCGGUGCGGAUAGGAAGUGCGAUUUUUCAUCAUUAGAAGCGACAGCCUGGUUCUUAUUCUCUGAGUUUCGUUUAACUUUAUAUUGUACUGAAUGAAUUUUAUAUUGCUGCUACCUUACUACCCAUCAUAUCUGCGCUACGAUAUCUUACAUAGUGAUUUCAGUCAGCAAAGUUUACUAUACGUGACUUAAGAAAUCAGGGCAAAGUAGUACUUGCAUGUAAAUUAUUGCUAGCGUAAUAAAGUGUUCGUGUGGGA